AUGGCGAGGAGAAGACUUUCAUUGAGGCGGGGAUGGCAGGUAGUGUGUAUACAUGCAGCUGGCAUGUCCUUCAAGGCCAUCGGGCGUCAGUUUGGUUACCGCAACUCUGUCAUCAGUAGACCGGAAACACCAAGCUACUACUACGACGAUGACCACCACUACAACAACCACGGCAACUACCCUUAUUAUGUAACAGCCCCUCCUACACCGCCUCCUACCGCAACACCGUUCCCGUCGGAUCUCUACAAUCAGCUUCCAGAGGACAUUCUUGGCAGCGCUCUCUGCAUCAUGUUAGGAACCGAUAUCAGCGCCCGUUACAGCGCUUAUCAUAACAUAAUAAAUUCCUAUGGGUGGAACUCUAGAUACAUCUUACAAACUAUACAACAGUUGAUGACUACAUUCAAGCAAAGUCUCAGUGUUUUACGCGAUGAAGCACUCAGUGACCUGUCCUCAGCUGGUAAGGAGAGGUUAUGCAAUCAGCUUAAAAACAUGCCUAGCAGCUACACAGAAUGUGGCUUCGAACAGCUCAUCGGCGUCUUGUCUGACCAGUGUACGCCUGCGGCCAACACGUCAACUACUGCAACUGCAACAGCCACGACUACACUACCCACGGCUGCACCAACCACGACUGCACCAACCACGACUACACCAACCACGACUACACCAACCACGACUACACCAACCACGACUGCACCAACCACGACUACACCAACCACGACUACCACAGCCGCAACUACGACAACAACGACGGCUGCUCCCUCCCUCAAUUGCAACGAUCUUUCCACGAUCCGAGCUGUUGCCACAACAACAAGAAUUGUUGGAGGCAUCGCAGCACAGCAGGGACCCUACGAUUCCUACGCCUCCCUCAACAUCGGGGGCAGCAUCAACCCCGUGUGUGGAGCUACAAUCAUCGACUCCUGCACUAUUCUGACAGCUUCACACUGUGUUGAUGGCCGAACUGCUGAUGAAAUCCAAGUGAACGUGGGCGACCACACAACAAUAGGAUCAACCACCCAGCUUACCGUCAACAGCGUCCAGAUGCAUGAGAACUACAACACUCAAACCACAGGGCAUAAACUACAGUUGGGGACUUCACACUAUGACUUUUACUUACGUCCGCCAGGUGGCCAGCAGCCAGAUGACUACCUCCUGCAAGAAGUGUCGGUUCCAACUUUCGACGGCAUCACGUGCGACGCAGACUCAAACAUCCUCGUCCAGAUGACCGACCCCAACAACCAGGUCUGUGCUGGUCAAGCGGGCAAGGAUUCCUGCCAGGGUGAUUCUGGCGGUCCGUUGUACUGCCAGGAGAACGGCCAACAGGUUCUGACAGGUGUGGUGUCCUACGGUACAGACUGUGGUCUGGAUGGCUAUCCAGGUGUCUACGCCAAGGUGUCCAGCUAUGCUGACUGGAUCGGUGCCCGUUCUGGCUGUUAAACUACAGACGCUUUAUUAGAUGAAUAAAUUUGUUCAGCCUUGAA